AUGGCGCGCGAGCUGGAAAUGGAGGACCACUACACGCGGCUCGGCAGCGCUGGCUCGCGCCUGCCCACAGCUGUCAUCGGAGCAGUAGGAGCAGCCGUCCUCCUCACAGUGGGGAGCGUGGUGCACCUGUCGCGGGACGCGACCCUGGCCGCACAGCUGCAGACGCAAGAGAAGCUCAUGGCCAAGCUCGAGCGGCAGGCGGACGCGAGCCCGCAGUCUCUCUCGGUGUCGAGCAAGAUUAUCAAAAAGGAGAUGGACCUGGUGAACGCAAAACUGCUCCAACUCGAGGCUGCUUCAAUGCCACCAAAGUUCCUCAUCUCCCACGUCACACCUUCCGCCGACCAAGGGAACCGCGGCGAUUGCUGGAUGUUUUCCACGGGCGGGCUCAUUGAGUCGUCGUACUUGGACUAUGGGCUGAAGAAGGGCUGGCUGAACGGCUCCACCUACAUGAAGCUGAACCGCCAGGCGCUGGGCGUCGCCAUCAUGGAAGAGUGCAAAAAGACGCCCGUGGGGGGCUGCCCAACAGACGAGGACCCGUCCAAGCCGGGUGGCUUCGCUUUCGGCAACACUGAUGAAGGCAAGGACGGCGGUGACGAGCAUAUCUGGGCGCAGCUCGAGGGGAUGCAAACUCCCAAUACAAAGGCGGUCAUCCCAGGAUAUUGGGAGGGCUGUGAAUAUGUCACCACGUUGCCACCGACCCCCGAGGGGAAGUUCAAGGCAGAGCGCAAUUGCACGGGCCUGAUGGAAGUACGUAAGAAGAACCCCCUUUCGUACAAGGUGACUGGCAUGAAGGCACACUACGGUCGUGCCGAUAUCAAGAAGGCCCUCGUCGAGCUCGACAAGACGCUCAGCCUCGGCAUUCAGAUCGCCUUUGCCUCGUGGUUCCAGCCGUGUGACAAGCGGUACCAUUGUGACCCAAAAAACCCAACCGUCGUCGAUCACACCGGAACCUUGGUUGCGACUCAGUGUGUGCCCUGCCCAACAGAGAGGGUCUUUGCCUCGGUCGAUUGCUGCGUCUUUGCGCAAAAGGCCAUGGUCUCGAUGCAAGGCGAGUGGUACAUGCAGGCGACGGAGCCGCUCAUCACCGAGGGCGGUCACGCCGUCUCGAUUGUCGGCUACAACGAUCACUACCGCGAUGAACACGGGAGCACAGGUGGAUUCAUCCUCCGCAACAGCUGGAAGGACGGGCUUGGUACCUCGCACGGCCUCAAGGCGCGAGGGAGUCACACGGCCGCAUACUACGCGCAGCUCCUCUCGCCGGCGGACGAGUCGCAGUUUUGUCCCAAUCCCAACAGCCCGCGCAACUGGAACGCCUGCGGCGACGUCAAAGCUUGCAAGAGCAAGAUGACAGAGAUGACCGUUGCGGUGGCGACCGACGGCACCGUCGUCACCCUGAAAUGCCAGGACGGCGGCAACGCAAUCCCCAAGGGCAACUGCGACCCCAGCAAGGAUUACUACCUGGUCAACAAGACGGGCUGGGACCAGCAGGGGCUGUACACCACCUGCUACGUCUACGACAAAGGGAAUGAGACCGACGCCUUCAUGUGCCUCCCGCCGCUGACGCUCGACGACGUCGCCACCGUCUUUGUGCCCAAGGAGCUCCCACACAUCAACGACCCCGAGAUGUGCGGCUUCAACUUCAUCUCCUACGACACCUUUGAGAAGAUCGGAGCCACUCUGGGCAUCUCCACCGUCUCAAGUUUCGACGUGGAGUGGACAAAGUGUUCGUACCUCGUCAAUGAGGAGCAAUGCCCGAAUUACGACUACUCCUAUCUGAAGAAGGCCAUGAUGCCACUCAAGGUGCCCUAUGAGAAGCCGACUGUCUGGUACACGCCGAACGAGUAG